AUGUGCAAACAAUCCGCAAGUGCAAGUGCAAGUGCAAGUGCAAAUGGCAGGCUGCUGCUAAUCACAUGGCUCACCUGGUCGUGGCUUCUCAUGAUGCACUGCACCGCGCUGGACUGGCAGAAGGUUAAGCCGAUGUACCUGGUGUCCAUGUACCCCGGUCCCAUGGGGCUGUCCAGCGCUGCGGCCUCCCCCUUUUCCUCCUCCUCAUCCUCAUCAUCAUCACUGGAAUAUGAUGCGGAAAUGAGUGCCAGCAACCUGGACAGUCGUCGCAUGAAAGGCAGGGGAUUCGGCUCGGAAGUGGGCGGUUACAGCGAGGAGGAUUCCGACGAUCGCCAGCCACUUGUCCUCAAUCUGGAGACGACGCCGCUGAUGGAGCAAAUGCUGCCCGAGGGCGCCAUGGCCAUGGAUCGCAUCUUCGGCGGCGACGUGGGCAAUCCCCACUGCUUUCCCUACCAGGUGGGCAUGCUGCUCCAAAGGCCCAAGGGUCUCUACUGGUGCGGCGGCUCCCUGAUCUCCGAUAAGCACGUCAUCACCGCCGCCCACUGCGUGGAUAUGGCCAAGAGAGCCUUGGUUUUCCUGGGCGCUAAUGAAAUAAAGAACGCCAAGGAGAAGGGUCAGGUGCGACUAAUGGUGCCCAGCGAAAACUUCCAAAUCUACCCCACCUGGAAUCCAAGGAGACUAAAGGAUGACAUUGCAUUGGUGCGACUGCCGCAUGCCGUCAGCUUUAAUGAGCGCAUUCAUCCCAUUCAACUGCCGAAGAGACACUACGAGUACAAGAGUUUCAAGAACAAGCUGGCCAUCGCCUCCGGCUGGGGUCGUUAUGCGACCGGAGUCCAUGCGAUCAGCACUGUGCUGCGUUAUGUCCAGCUGCAGAUAAUCGAUGGAAGGACGUGCAAGGCCAACUUUCCGCUGUCCUAUCGAGGCACAAACAUCUGCACCAGCGGAAGGAACGCCCGGUCCACGUGCAAUGGCGAUUCCGGAGGACCCUUGGUUCUCCAAAGGAAACACUCGAAGAAGAGAGUCCUGGUGGGGAUCACCUCCUUUGGCAGCAUCUACGGCUGCGAUCGCGGCUAUCCGGCGGCCUUCACCAAGGUCGCCUCGUACUUGGAUUGGAUCAGCGAUGAAACAGGAGUUAAUUCGCAUCAGGAAACGACGGAGGCGAUAUUCUUCGAUCAGUAUGUCAGGAACUACGGAAAGCCGCGACAAAGUCGUCGGUUGCAGAGGGAGGAUCAGCCGGAGGACGAUGUGCCCGACGAACUGGACGUGCAUCCCGAUUCCGCUUCUGAGGAGGACAUCUCCGAGGAUGUCAGCCCGCGAACCCGUCUACGCCCGCAAUCCGAACACGAGUUCUAUUUCUUGUAA